AAUUAAGGGGGGGUUUGGUUGAGAAACAGGCAGCCUGUCAUUCUUAGUGCGUGCACUGGCUUUUGUCUCAGAAGGCAAGCGUUAAGAAACUGUUUAAUAAUUUUCUCAAAAUGAAACGGCUUUGGGUAUUAGGUCUUCUGUGUGCCCUCUUAACUUUUGGAUCUGUUAGGGCAGAAGAUGAACUCGAUAUCGAUGGGACAAUGGAGGAGGAUCUUGGUAAAAGCAGGGAUGGGUCCAAGACGGAUGAUGAGGUGGUGCAAAGGGAGGAGGAGGCCAUCCAACUGGAUGGGCUGAACGCAGCUCAGAUCAAAGAGAUCCGUGAGAAGUCGGAAAAACACGUAUUUCAGGCAGAGGUCAAUCGCAUGAUGAAGCUCAUAAUCAACUCUCUCUACAAGAAUAAGGAGAUCUUCCUUAGGGAGCUGAUCUCCAACGCUUCAGAUGCCCUGGACAAGAUCCGUCUGAUGUCACUGACCCACGAAGAUGCGCUAAAUGCAAACGAGGAGCUGACCAUCAAAAUCAAGUCGGACAAAGAGAAGAACAUGCUCCACAUAACUGACACAGGCAUUGGUAUGACCAAGGAGGAUCUUGUGAAGAAUCUGGGCACCAUCGCCAAGUCUGGCACCAGCGAGUUCCUCAGCAAGAUGAAUGAGAUGCAGACAGAGGGCCAGUCCACAUCCGAGCUUAUUGGCCAGUUUGGUGUGGGUUUCUACUCCGCCUUCCUGGUGGCUGACAAGGUCAUCGUGUCAUCGAAGCACAACAACGGCACCCAGCACAUCUGGGAGUCCGACUCCAACGAGUUCUCCGUCAUCGAAGACCCCCGCGGGGACACCCUGGGCAGAGGAACCACCAUCACGUUGGUCAUGAAAGAAGAGGCCUCAGACUACCUUGAGCUGGAGACCAUUAAGAACCUUGUGAGGAAAUACUCCCAGUUCAUCAACUUCCCCAUCUAUGUCUGGGCCAGCAAGACUGAGACUGUGGAGGAGCCCAUGGAUGAGGAUGCAGAGGAGGAAGCUGAGAAGGAUGCCAAUGAGGAAGAGGUGGAGGUGGAGGAAGAGGAGGAGGAUAAGGACAAACCUAAGACCAAAAAGGUUGAGAAGACCGUUUGGGACUGGGAGCUGAUGAAUGACAUCAAACCUAUCUGGCAAAGGCCAGCCAAGGAAGUGGAGGAAGAUGAAUACAAGGCUUUCUAUAAAACCUUCUCCAAGGACAGUGAUGAGCCUCUCUCCCACAUCCACUUCACCGCUGAGGGUGAAGUCACCUUUAAGUCCAUCCUCUUUGUGCCUGCCGCUGCCCCACGCGGCAUGUUUGACGAGUACGGCACCAAGAAGAACGACUUCAUCAAGCUGUUUGUCAGGAGAGUGUUCAUCACGGAUGACUUCAAUGACAUGAUGCCCAAAUAUCUGAACUUUGUCAAGGGAGUGGUUGACUCUGAUGACCUUCCCCUGAACGUGUCCAGAGAGACCCUGCAGCAGCACAAACUCCUCAAGGUCAUCCGUAAGAAGCUGGUGCGCAAGACCCUGGACAUGAUCAAGAAGAUCGCAGAGGAGCAGUACAACGAGAAGUUCUGGAAGGAGUUUGGCACCAACAUCAAGCUGGGGGUGAUCGAGGACCACUCCAACAGGACCCGUCUGGCCAAGCUGCUGCGCUUCCAGACCUCCAGCAGCGACACGGUGCUGGCCAGCCUGGAGCAGUACGUGGAGCGCAUGAAGGACAAGCAGGACAAGAUCUACUUCAUGGCUGGAACCAGCAGGAAGGAGGCCGAGUCCUCUCCCUUCGUGGAGCGCCUGCUGAAGAAGGGCUACGAGGUGAUCUACCUGACCGAGCCCGUGGACGAGUACUGCGUCCAGGCCUUGCCCGAGUUUGACGGCAAGCGCUUCCAGAACGUGGCCAAGGAGGGCAUCAAGUUCAACGAGAGCGACAAGGCCAAAGAGAACAGGGAGACGAUGGAGAAGGAGUUUGAGCCCCUCACCACCUGGAUGAAGGAGAACGCACUGAAAGACCAGAUCGAGAAGGCCAUUCUGUCUCAGAGGCUGACUAACUCCCCCUGUGCCCUGGUAGCCAGUCAGUACGGCUGGUCAGGAAACAUGGAGAGGAUCAUGAAGGCCCAGGCCUACCAGACAGGGAAAGAUAUCUCCACAAAUUAUUAUGCAAGCCAGAAGAAAACAUUAGAAAUCAACCCCAAGCACCCUCUCAUCAAACAGAUGCUGAAGCGAGUUACUGAGAAUCCUGAGGACCAGACGGCCUCAGACCUGGCCGUGGUGCUGUUUGAGACGGCCACCUUGCGCUCGGGCUUCCAGCUGGCCGACACCAAGGCCUACGGGGAGAGGAUAGAGCGCAUGCUGCGGCUCAGCAUGAACGUGGACCUGGAGGAGCAGGUGGAGGAGGAGCCGGAGGAGGAGGAGCCUGAAGAGGUUGCUGAGGAAGAGGCGGAGGAAGAGGAGGAAGUACUGGAUGAGGAAGAAGAAGAAACGAUAACUGACAAAGAUGAGUUAUGAGGCACUGAAUGAGGGCACUGGAGGUGGACCUUACCUGGAGCAGUCACAGCGAGAGCAGAGUCACAGCAAGACGCCAGCUGGAGCCAACUGGCACUCUGGGGGGGGGCUCCCUGAGGCGGGGGUUUUUUAAGGCUUGUGUUUUUGUUUGUUUUUUGUUUUUUUACAUUCCUCAUGAUUGUAAAUUUGUUAAUAUUUAACUGACCUGUCUACAGAAAGAACAAUCCUGUAGUUUGCUCCAAUAAAUGUUUCUUGGAAAAACU